AUGACAGAUAUAAAGCCAAUGCAAUCUGAAAGCGUCUAUAUCCCUCCUUUUAGGCUCGCUCAAAUGCAAAAAGAAAUAAAAGAUAAAAAAUCACCUGAAUAUCAAAAACUCAUGUGGGAUCUCUUACGUAAAUCCAUUAAUGGGAUCAUCAAUAAAGUCAAUAUCAGUAACAUUUCUAAUGUAAUUUUCGAACUUUUUAAUGAAAAUUUGCUACGUGGAAAAGGAUUAUUGACUAAGGCUAUACUUAAAGCACAAAUGGCAGCCCCAAACUUCACACACGUUUAUGCUGCUUUAAUUUCAGUCAUAAAUACAAAAUUACCAGAAAUUGGGAUAUUGCUUUUGCACAGAGUAAUUCUUCAAUUCCAAAGGUCAUACAAAAGAAAUGAUAAGUUAUUGUGUAUAGCGACAACAAAAAUGAUUGCCCACUUGGUAAAUCAACAAGUCGUUAAUGAAUUACUAGCUUUGCAAAUCAUGGCUUUGCUAUUAGAAAAACCUACAGAAGAUUCAGUUGAAAUUGCAACUGAUUUUAUGAUUGAAUGCGGACAAGUGUUAACUGACUUAUCACCAACAGGGGUUAAUGCAAUUUUUGACCGUUUUCGAGGGAUUUUACAAGAAGGAGAAACUAAUAAAAGAGUUCAAUAUACCAUUGAGAACCUUAUGGCGAUCAGAAAAACAAAAUUCAGAGAUCAUCCUGGAGUACUUCAAGAGUUAGACCUUGUAGAAGAUGCUGAUAAGAUUACACAUGAAAUUUCAUUGGAUGACAGUUUAGAUGGUCAAGAAAUUUUAAAUGUUUUUAAGUUUGACGAAAAUUUCGAAAAUAAUGAAGAGGAGUGGGCUGUUAUUAAAAGAGAAAUUUUGGGAGAAGAAAACUAUUUAGGAGAAGGAGAAGAAGAGGAAAGUGAGGAAGAAGAGGAAGAAGACGAAAAUGAAGGGAAAAUCAAAGAUUAUACAGAAAGGGAUUUACUGAAUUUGAGAAAAACAAUUUACUUAAGCAUUAUGUCAAGUGUUGGGUUUGAAGAGUGUGCAAAUAAAAUGCUAAAAUUAAAAAUUAGAGAAGGCCAAGAAGGUGACAUCGCAGCUAUGAUUUUAGAGUGUUGCAUGCAAGAGAGAACUUAUCUCCGUUUUUUUGGAUUACUUUCCCAACGAUUUUGUAUGCUAAAUCCUGUUUACCAAGAGCAUUUCCAGUAUUUGCUUACACAGUAUUAUCAGACUAUUCAUAGGCUUGAAACAAAUAAACUUAGGAAUUUAGCAAAAUUUUUUGCUCAUUUAUUAUUUACAGAUGCAAUUUCAUGGUGUGUUUUUAGAGUCAUCAGACUUACAGAAGAAGACACCACUUCUUCAAGCAGAAUCUUUAUAAAAAUCGUGAUGCAAGAAAUAGCAGAAAACCUUAGCAUUGAAAAAAUGCAAUUCAAGUUCAAAGAUGAAGAGCUAAUGGACUGCUUCCAAGGAAUUUUCCCCAAAGACCUGCCAAAGCAUACCAGAUUUGCUAUCAACUUUUUCACCUCAAUUGGGCUUGGCAGUCUUACUGACGAAUUAAGAGAAUUUUUAAAAAAUGCCCCACAGCAAGCUGAAAGCUCAUCUUCCUCUUCAAGUUCAUCUUCAUCAGAAGGAUCAUCAAGCGAAUCUUCAGAAUCAGAAAGCGAAAGUGAAAUUGAACAAAAAAAGAAUAAGGAAGCCGCAGAUAGAUUUUUAAAAAGAGAAAUUGAAAAUGAGGUAAAAGAAAAGAAAGGGAGAGAAAAUAAAAAAAGGUCAAAAACUCCACCAAGGAGAAGAAGAUCGAGAAGUAGAAGUAAUGAGAGAAGAAGGCAUUAA